GUGUAACCCCGCCUCUGGUGGAUCCUCACUUUCCGGCUGCUCUCCCUGGGAGGGAGGCGCGAGCGGGAUCCGUUGGAGUUUGUAAAGAGAGGAGCGCGUGCGGCUGUGGUCCGGGCGCGCGUGGAGAUGGAAUCCCAAAGCUCUGGGCAAGGGAUGAACCAAACUGGAUCAAACAAUAUACAUCCAGAGUACAUCGCACUUGGAUUGGUACCUGUCUUCUUUCUCACAGGACUUCUGGGAAUAUUUAUCUGCCACAUUCUGACCAAAAAAGGUUAUCGAUGUACAACAGAUAGAGAGUCAGAAUGUGGUGAAAAGGUUGCUGACACUCAGAUGGAUUUCUGUGAUAGUAAUGAGUGCAAUGCUGACACAGUUGGACAAAUGGUGCAUUAUAUUAUGAAAAAUCCAGCUAAUGCUGAAGCAUUACACGCUAUGUUAGACCAUCAUACAGAAAGCCCUACAAGCCCCAGCAGUCCCAAUGGUCCUCCCAGCCCUGUUACUCCUGACAGUCCUACCAGCCCUGUAUCACCAGCUGGAAGCCUAACAAAUCACUCUGCACAUGAACAUCAUCUGCAUACUGUUGGUGGAAUUGCAGGGAAAAGUACGUGCUCACGUUGCAGCCGUCGAAAAUCGAAGCGGUCAAAGGACUUCAGAAAGAGUCGAGCUGGAGAGGUCACAGUAUUUGCUGUGGGAAGGUUUCGUGUUACACAUGUUGAUCCUAAAUCUCAUUCUAAUCAUCAAAAGGUGUUGAUUGCUGAACCUCCAGAUGAUAUGUGUAAUGAGGCAAAUACAGACAACCAAGAAAUUCCAAACCCACCAGGAAAAUUGGAUGCAAAAGAGGAAACUUUGCAGGAAACUAAGGAUUUGCAGUGAAUUUGUGAUUUGCAGGGGAGAAAUAAAACACCUCCAUCAAGAACAGAUUGAGGAGUGAUGGAUAUUUCUGAAUGAAAACCAAAGUAUGAGAUUGACAUUUGCAUCGAUGAGUGUAUGAUGGAUUUUUUCAAAUGUCUUUUGUUAUAUUUUUACAAUGUGUUUAUAAAUGGGAAUUCAAAGAUAAACUAGUAAUGACCAAAUCAUAUUAAUUUAAUUUUCUUCUUUGAACUUUGAAUCAAUAUAUUGGGACAGAUGGUCAACACAAUUGGUUUUAAAAAAAAAUCUGCCUUCACUGCCGUCUCCCUCUUGUCAUAUCUAACUUUGUGCCUCAUAGUUGCAUUCCUUUUCCCUGUAAAUUUCUAAUAAUGUUCUAAUUCCUCGCCUGAAUUUCAAAAAUAAGAAAUAAUCUAAAACUGAUUCAACUUUACAGGAUUUUAAUGAUGUGAAUGCCCUUAAUUACACCCAUUGGAAAUGGGCUGCCCAUCUCAGAAAAUAUCUGCUGAUCAGAAAUCUUUAGGGACCUUUUUUGGUGUUCUUCUUCAUUACUGUGUACAUAUUGCAUUUGUGGAAUUGGCAUGGUAUAAGUUAGCAAUAAGAAGGGUUUUAUUCUUUGUAAUGCUAUGACUGUAGGUGUAUGAAUGGUAGAAUUCUAGAUAAUGUCUUAACCUUUGUCCCCAAAUAUAUUCAGCUGAUAAAAUGUACACAAUUGGAUAGAUCCUAUUAGUUUUGUUUCCUUUGCAGCAGUAAAGUAUGCAGUCAUACUAUCAUACUAUUUUAAGGCAGUUUCUUUUGAUAUUCGGGAGGGGAAAGUGUGACCUGAGUGUGAAAGAAUUUGUGGUUCAUAGAAGGAAGUCUUUUCCUGUUACUUAAUGUUCACAUCAUGGUAUUAAAUGGUUUGAGAACAAAGAUACCGAAGUAAUUGGACAGGUUUUAUGAUAAAAAUGCUUAACCUAGAAAUAAAUUUGUUACUUAAGCUAAAUUUUUAAAAUAAUUUCAAGAUCUAAUUUUUGUAUCCCAAAGGCCCUGGAUAUGAUUCCUACUGUGUGAUAAAUUCUGACAGCUCUUGAGAUGUUACAAUUGGCUAUUGUGUGAUAGAACAAAAAAAUCCUGGAAGGAUUCUCUCUCUUGUCCAGGAGAGAAAUGUCCCUGCAUGGAGAUGAAGUAAAGCCAUUAUGGUUAGUUGUAUUGCCCACCAUUUUCCAGGAACCUCCUGACUUACUCAGUGGGGUAUCCUGAUUGGGAAAAGCCACUUAAAGUGAGGUGCAGAAUGGCAUCCUCCUCCCACAAGUUAUUCCAAAUUUGCACUCCUGAGAUGAGAAGAUUGCAGAAGAAGGGUGUAACUAAGCAUAAAUAGACAUGCUCCAUUGUGUCCAGUUGCUUUACAAAGAUGUAAAUUCUGCAAGUAUGCAUUGAUGUUUGAAAUGAAUGCAAUAUGGUGAUUUGGCCUAAUCAUUACAGAAAAUAGCUAAUUUAACUAAUGUAGAUUGCAGAAGCUUAAUUUCUUUGCGAUUUUUCUGUGCAGUGAUAUCUUUCAUACCUGUUCAAACAAUGCAUAUGUAUCUCGAUCAAAAAUUGAGACAGAGGUAUCUGCCUACAUCUGAGUUGUAAUUUUCCACGAGAGUGGUGUCUUUAGUUAUAAAUGCAGUAUGUUUUUUGUGGUUGAUUUUGUACCCCUAAUGCCAAAUAUGGUAGGUCUCGAAGCCUCCCUGUGAGAGGAAAGUUAAUUCAUUUUUAUUCGCAAAUUUACAUGACUACAAAAAUGAGAAUCAACCUGCAUAAAUGAAUGCAGUGAUACUUGUUUCAGGACCAAACUGACAUUACAUUAGGAAUUGUAUACAAGUGCCAAUUGAUGCAGUAUUUGUAAACACACUUUUGUAAAGGAAAACGACAUAGCUGUGUUUGAAAAAAAAAACUACUGUAAAAUAUAAUUAUAAAUAUAACUUUUCAAGCCAGCUUAAUGGAUAUUGGCAUUCUCCACUGUGUCUUAUAAAUUAGAAGACUGGAAGUUUGCUUUGUGUGCACGAGCAAGGUUGUUGUCAUUCAUUUAUUAUCCAACAAUCCUUGUUGGAAAGUGUACUUAACUGGAUGGGAAAUGAAAGCACCAUCAAGGUGAGCUAGAAUAUGCUGCUGCAUGAUGAAUAACCUUAUUGCAGUAAUAGUCUGUGUUCACAUGAAGAAUGUGCUCUAUGCUUUUUCCUUCCAGAAACCUUUUUAACACUAUAACAAUAAAUGUUUACUGAGCAUUGACCAGAACAGUAAAUUGUUACCAAGAUUUGUUUUGUAAUGUUUACAUUGUAAUUAUGUGCAAUAAUGCUUCUUUAACAAAUGAGACACAACUACGUAUAUACUUGUGAUGAAAACUGUCUUAUUCCAAUAUUAUGCUAAUUAAUGUUCUUGCAGGUGUAUUUGUUCUUUUGAGUAGGCAUCAGGGAAAAUGGAACCACUGAGGCUUCAAGUUGUGUGAAUAUUUAGUUAUGGGUUCUGCUGACUUUACUCCUGUGUUGAAGAGCUGCCAACAAAAUUUUGUUUAAAGGGGUAAUUAAGCUGACUGAGGAAACCUUUUUGUGUUGACCCUAGGCAUAGUAACACUCACGGAUGUUCCAUCAGCUCCUCGUCUAGGAAUCCCAAUUCAAAACCUAUAUACUUGGGAGUAGUCCGUUGUGAGUGCAAUCAAUUAUUAGUUAAAACAAAUGUGGUAUUCUGCAGCAAAUGAAAUUGCUUUAUAGGAAAUGUUGCAACCGCUUAUUCUGAGUAAUGUGAAGCAUUUAAUACUUAAGGCCCCUUUUGUAUGUAGGUGGUGCACUUUAAAAAGCAAUAGCCAUAAAUGGCAUCUAUUCUAGAAAUGUUAUUUUGUGCAGUAUUCAUAUUUUAAACUCUAAGUCUUUGAAGUAAUGUCAGGUUUUCAGUCGUAAUUUCCUUCAUGUGAAUAUGUAUACAUUUUGGAAUUUUAUCAUUUUAUAGAUGUAUGUUAUCUGUAUAUCUUUCUCCUUUAUAAAUGCUACACCUUUGGAAGGAUGUAUUUUUUUUAUUGAACCGCUUGUUUGUGUAGACAUCUUCAGAUUGCAACAUAUGUUUUGAAUAAUACUCAAAUUGAGGAAAAUAUUUCAUUCAAAUCUGGAAAUUUAAUCCAUAGUACCUGUAUUUGAGUUUCAACAAACAACUGCUAUUGCUUCCAUUUAUAUAAUGCUGCAAAUUUACAUUUCAAACAUU